AUGACUGGGUCUACUUUACCUGAGAGGGUAGCUCAGAUUUACUAUACGUAUGGGCUAUUUUGCUCAUCGUAUCCAGUAACUGCCAUAACAUUGGCGAUAUCCGUCGUGUUAUUAUGCUGUUAUCCUCUGCUUAAUGUACCUCUCCCUGGUAAUAUACCAACAGUUAUAAAUGUGCCUUUAAAUAUUAAUGAAAACAAUGUAAGAAGUAUGGAAUGUUUAACUAAACCAUGUUCGCACACAGAUACUUUUAUGCAACUAAAUAAUUUGCAUAAUAGCACGCAAAAACUUCCCUAUGUGUGGGCUAAAGAGAAUCCACUUCUGUAUGUUCAUCAAAUUGUUAUCAGAAUAGGUGUCUCACCUUGGAACAAUAAUUUAAAAAUGUGGGACGCAUUCAGAGCACCAUUGCAAGAGGUAUUUCGCCUUUUUGAGACUAUACGGAAUCACGAGGAUCCUGAAACGAAAAAGACAAUAUUGCAUCACUGCUAUCAAAUUGAAGGAAUAAAGAAGUCAAGCAGUAAAGCUAGUGUCGAUAGAGUGCUACCAGAAUAUAGCUGUCUCCUUCUUUCCCCUGCUAACCUCUGGCAACAGAAUUUGCAAACGUUUUCAUUGGAUGCAAAUAUUGUUAAUACCGUGUACAACUAUCAGAAUAUAAUCAAAGGAAAGGCUUCGAUAGCUGAAAUGGCAUUCGGUAUGCAUCUUCGCGAUACGGGCAUAAAACGCUACCCGCUCAGAGCGAGACCACGUGUUCUACAAUACGCCGUUACGAUUUUUUACAAGCACGUUGAUCAUAGGUUCAUUAAUUCACUAACUAACAAGUUAAAAGACAUGUACCCGCUGUAUCAGAAUACACCGCAGUCCCAAAACCCAGAGGUCACACUAAUAUAUUACCCGGGCCAGUUCAACUAUCACGAAUUGGUGCCUCUUCUCAUUUCGCUAAUCGGUAUUUUUUUAUACGUCUAUUUCUCUGUGCGAAAGAUUGAGUUCAUCAAAUCGAAGUUCGGCUUAGCCGCAUGUUCAGUUCUUACGAUCGCUGGCAGCUUGUCCAUGUCGAUGGGUAUAUGCUUCUAUUGCGGGUUCUCACUGAGCCUUCAAGGGAAAGAGAUUUUCCCCUACCUCGUUAUAAUAGUGGGCCUCGAAAACAUAUUGGUGCUAACGAAGAGUGUGACCUCCACAGACUCUAGAUUGGACGUGAAAAUUCGUUUAGCGCAAGGCCUCAGCAAGGAAGGCUGGUCGAUAACAAAGAACCUACUCACGGAAAUAACGAUUCUCACAGUCAGCCUAUUCACGUUUGUGCCUUUUAUACAAGAGUUCUCUAUAUACAUGAUAGUUAGUCUGAUAUCGGAUUACUUCGUCCAGAUGUCGUUUUUUGCGCCGAUACUAGUUAUAGAUGUUAGCCGAAUGGAAUAUUUUCCGGAGCAAAAUAGUAAGUUGCAUUUGAAAGAGUACUUCAGUGCGAGCUACGCUCUGAACUGGCGAUAUAGUAAUGGCUAUGAGGACAAUAGCUUCUCGCCACAACGAAUGACGAAGUCAAAAUCGCAUCCCAGGUUGAAUGGCUUAGCGCAGAACAGUCCUACUGAUGUGGUGGCGAAAAGGAAUUCUAGCCCCGGCACAGCUGAUAACAGAGUGCCUAAGAGGAUCCGCCUUGUUAACAUGUGGGCGAGGACGAGGUUCUUCCAAAGAGCGUUUAUGGUGUGGAUGCUAGUUUGGAUAUCGAUGAUCGUAUACAACUCGGGAGUGGUCGAUUAUUUCAUUACUAAAGUCGAUAAGAUAAACACGUCUACGGAGAGCAAUAAAAGGAUUAAUAAAGAGGUUAGUUGCGAUAACUCUAUUUUAAAAUCUAUUUUUCUAAUGAUAAAGGACAGACUAUGGAGUUCACAUGAUGGUAGAUGA